ACACACAGCGCAGUCCCCCACACACACGGAGCCAUGCCCGACGCCGAGAGACCGACAGCGCUUGUGGGCUGCCAGAAAAGAUAACUUCAAAGUUGGCUCCGAGUGAAGGGAAGACGCCGACCGACGCUUCCAUUUCGCGAAACAAGCGGCGCUUGAGUGUUUUUGGCCACCGAAUAUCCCCCCAAAAAGACAAUUUAUUUGUUUUUUUGUUUUUGUUUUUGUUUUGUUUUUUUGGAGAGAGAGCGCACCGAGGCGAAGACGCAAACCGGGAGCUGUAACACACGGCGAGAGGUGGAGUUGGUCGCGAUCGUGGAAAACACUGAGGCGACUUGCCUAACGGGACAGAUGAGUUUUUGAUCGCAGUGUGGCGGAGAGGAGGACUGUCGAAGCCGCUUUUCUCGGAAAAGAGACGCGCGUCAAAGUUUUUGGAGAGCGAGGCUGCGCGAUACGAGCGAGAACGGAAAAGCGAGAAAGACUCCCCCCCCCCGGUGACCAUCUAUUGCCGGUGUCAAGAAGUUCUGCUCGCACCGGACAGAUGUCCAUCGAGAGAAAACUUUAAAGUCUCAGAGACUGUAAACAUCGCUUCAUCUGAGUCCAGCACGGAAGGAGGUGCGUGUUCAACCCCGACGCACGCUCACACGCUCACACAAAAGUUGCCGAGAAAGUGCGAGAACUGAGCCAAACUCUCGAGACGGACUCGGUGAGAGAGACGCUUUUUUUUAUUGUUUGUUUGUUGCUGCUGCUGUCUGAAGCGGGGAUCGUAAAAGGAGUGAUGAAGAUGAGAGAUACUUCGCGGUGAAUCCUCGGCGCUCGUGAGUCGGUGCGCUCGCAGAAAGGAAGGAGGGGAAGAAAAAAAAAGAGAAAAGAACAGAGCCUGACGUUUUUUUUCCUGUUGAAGACCCCCCCGUGAGCCGGGCAUAACAAGAGAUUUGGUGUGUUGUGUUGUGUUGUCGGGGGGAGGCUGGAUAGUAAAGAGAAAAAGAGACGGAUAAAGUCUGAGAGUGAAGCGGCUAAUUGCUUAGUCCGUCCCUCAUUACCAUAUCCAAUGCGCGUCCGCUGGACUCCAGCCAAUCCUCCCCACCUUCACACGGUGCCAUUAAUCGCGAGGCAUUAUUCACUAUCAUAAUUAUUAUACCGACAUGCGCAAUCCGACGCACAGCACCAGCAGCGGCAGCAGCACCGGCUAAUUUCACAUUAUUUUUUCUCCCCUCACUCUUCUGUCCCCCCUUUGCUCUCUCCGCUCCCGCUACUACCAGAACUGUUUGCGAACUUUUUUCCUCUCUUUUUUUUGUUGUUGUCCUUUUUGCUUUUUCUUUUUUUCUUUUUUUUUUGAAGAGUGUGUUGAUACAUUCGCUCCCCUUUUCGCUGAUGUAUCUGCAAAACGCAGAGGCAUCCCGGAGCGCAAAAGCAGAAGCAUCGUCAGCACCGACGCCAGCAGCAUGUCCCGACGCAAGCAAGCCAAGCCGCAGCACCUCAAGUCGGACGAGGAUCCCGCACUAGCCGGGGUGGUUUCCGAGCACGCCCGAGGUGAUGUUCUGGAUGAUGCUGACAGCGGGAAUGAGAGCCGCAGUGGCAGUGAGGAGACACAUGUAUGUGAGAAGUGUUGCGCUGAGUUCUUCAAGUGGUCAGACUUCUGUGAACAUUUAAAGAACUGCACCAAAAACCCCCUGGUGCUUAUAGUGAAUGACAAUGAGGACACACCAAACCCCUCCCAAGAGUACCCAACAGAGCCCUCCCCUGUCCCCAGCUGCCCAAGCGAGCAGGCUGACAGCGAGGACCCCAGGGAGGGCAACCACAGUCCUGCUGGUGAGGGGGAUGACAUCCCAGAGACAGCAACCUUAAAUGGGGUCAAUGUCCUAGAGAAAGAGGACGAGCAGAUGGAGCUAGAGCUUUCUCCUGAAAAAAACAUGGAUCCCGAAGACAGAGAUAUGACAUCCCCUGAGCCAGACGGCUCUCUACCUCAGCUCAAUGAUGUCGUCCCCUCCACUGUUACAAGCUACGCCAUGCCAAGCACCAAUGUUACCUUGGAGACCCUGCAUGGCACCCGGGUUGCAGUAGCCCAGUUUUCACAGAGUGUAAGGGCAGCAGCGGGCAGUGGGGUUUCCACCAUGGCUAUUCCCAUGAUCCUGGACCAGCUGAUGGCCCUCCAGCAGCAGCAGAUACAUCAACUGCAGCUGAUAGAACAGAUACGCAGUCAGGUGGCUCUGAUGAACCGGCAGUCUGCCUCACAGCCUGCUCUCAACCAACAUCACAGCCAUGCUGCUGGAAACCAGGGGCCUGUAUCCUCCUGUGUCCCCCCUGUUGCAAGUCAGCUACAGCUACACAACUUCAUCAAUCCACCUGUCCAUCCGCUGCCUGUUAGGUUGCCGGCCACUCUCAAUGGUCAAGGCCCUUCACCCCUGACCUCAGCAAUAGAAGGGCCUCUCUCUCAUACACCACAAAAUGUCAGUCAGCAGUCUAACUCUUCAGUCUCCAACACAUCCUCAAAUAACUCUGUGUUUCCUCCACCCAGUGGUACUGCGUUGUCAUCCUUACUUCCCUCCUGCUCAUCCUCAGUCACAAACAACAACAUUAGCACUAGUAGCAGUGUAACAGGAGGUGGUGGCAUCAGCAGUAGCUCAGCUCUUCCCAGGAACUCUACCACCCCUCCCUCACUCAGCCACAGCAGCUUGAGCCUGAGCUCUGCCUCCAGUCUACCACUGAUACCUCACAGCUCGUCCAGCAGCGUUAUCUUCCCCAACCCCCUGGCCAGCAUAGCAGCCACAGCCAAUGCGCUCGACCCUCUCUCUGCUCUGAUGAAGCACCGCAAGGGGAAGCCUCCAAAUGUGUCUGUGUUUGACACUAAGCCCAGCUCUGAGGACCCCUUCUUCAAGCAUAAGUGUCGAUUCUGUGCCAAGGUGUUUGGCAGUGACAGCGCCCUACAGAUCCACCUGCGUUCCCACACUGGAGAGAGACCCUAUAAAUGCAACAUAUGUGGCAACCGUUUCUCAACUAAGGGAAAUCUGAAAGUUCACUUCCAGAGGCACAAAGAGAAAUACCCACAUAUUCAGAUGAACCCCUACCCUGUGCCAGAGUACCUGGACAACGUACCCACAAGCUCAGGCAUCCCAUAUGGAAUGUCUUUGCCCCCAGAAAAACCUGUAACCACAUGGCUAGACAGCAAACCUGUCCUCCCCACAGUUCCCACCUCAGUUGGGCUCCAGCUGCCUCCCACGCUGCCAAGUAUGAUGGGAGGUUUUGGCGAGUCACCAAGCCUCACUCCACUCAACAGGUCCCCACAGAGGCCAUCUCCACCAUCAAGUGAAUGUGCAUCGUUGUCGCCUAAUAUCAUCACUGACUCUGGCAUGACCACUACUUCGCCCUCCCCAAAACCCAUCCUAGGGAGUGAUGCACCGCCUCUCUUGAAACCUGAAGGUGUCCUUCUCCCCCCAAGCUGCUCUACUAGGCCAGGAGAUAACACCACCACCACAACAACAGUGACUCAAAUGGUUCUUUCCUCUACUGUCACUUCCACCACACCGUCCAACAGUGGCCAGGUCACUGAGCCUAUCACUAGCCCCACCUCUAAUCCUGUCUCCCAUCCCGUCCUUCCCAUGCUCUCAGACCAGUUCAAGGCCAAGUUUCCCUUUGGAGGCCUCCUAGACUCUAUGCAAACCUCUGAGACAUCAAAGUUGCAGCAGCUUGUUGAGAAUAUUGACAAGAAGAUGACUGACCCAAACCAGUGUGUCAUCUGUCAUCGUGUUCUGAGCUGCCAGAGUGCACUUAAGAUGCACUACCGCAUCCACACUGGUGAGAGGCCCUUCAAAUGCAAGAUAUGUGGCCGGGCAUUCACCACCAAGGGCAACCUUAAAACACACUUUGGCGUCCAUAGAUCCAAACCCCCACUCCGGGUCCAGCACUCCUGCCCCAUAUGUCAGAAGAAGUUCACCAACGCUGUUGUCUUGCAGCAGCAUAUCCGUAUGCACAUGGGAGGGCAGAUCCCCAACACCCCAGUUCCUGAAAGCCUGCAGGAGAUGGAAACUGACCUCUCCCAUGAUGACAAGAGCUUAGAUGCAAUGAGUAAUUAUGAUGAUGACCUUCUGGAUGAAAUGGAGCAGGCUCUGGAAGAUGAACCUGACUUAAAAGAGAUAGAAGUGGACCCGUCUAAACCUUACUCACCUGGGAGCUCCCCACCAACUUCCAUCAUUUCCAGCAUAGCUGCGAUGGAGAACCAGAUGAAGAUGAUCGACUCCACUGCCAACAUGACCCGCUCAUUUGGUCAAAAGCUUAUGCAGAACGGCAGCAGCUUUGGAGGAGAGACGGAUUGCUUUGCCACCGAUUCUCUGUCUGUGGUGGGGGAUGCUGAAGGUCAAAGCUUGGGGAGCCCUGCUUUGUCAGAGUCCUCUGGCUCCAUGCAGCAUUUGUCCCCAUCUCACAACCAUUCUGAGAGCCAGCUAUCCAAGUCCCCAGCCACACUGAACAAUAAUAACAACAGUAGUGCCAUGACAGUAGAGGAUGGCCAGGAGAACAAUACAGCUGGCUUGGCAACAGUGAAGUCGGAAAAAUCAGAGACCCCAUCUCCGCUUUCGGCAACUGAAGGCACUGGGGCCCUUGACCUGACUGCCACUCAACCUGGCAGGCACUUUAUCAAGGAGGAGAGCCACUUCAACAUGCUGUUUCUAAACAGAGAGCGAGGGCUAAGCACUCCUAACUUGGCUAGCACUGCAUCAAACAUGAUCAAAAUGGAGAUGAAUGGACAUGGGAAGUCAAUGUCUCUGAGUGACAACUCUCACCUGCCCGUGGGCAUCCAGGUUCCUGCUGCGGCGCCCCAGACCACCAUGAGCCCCAGCCUCAACCCCAUGUUGGCUCCCCCGCCUCCACGACGCACACCUAAGCAGCACAACUGCCACUCGUGUGGGAAGAAUUUCUCCUCAGCCAGUGCUCUGCAAAUCCAUGAGCGCACACACACUGGGGAAAAACCUUUUGCCUGCUCUAUUUGUGGAAGGGCUUUCACCACAAAGGGCAAUCUGAAAGUUCACAUGGGAACACACAUGUGGAACAACGCUCCAGCCCGAAGGGGUCGGCGACUGUCUGUAGAGAAUCCCAUGGCCUUGCUGGGCGGGGACGCCAUGAAGUUCAGCGAGAUGUUCCAGAAGGAUCUGGCGGCUCGGGCCAUGAACGUCGACCCAGGCUUCUGGAACCAGUACGCAGCCGCCAUCACCAACGGGCUUGCCAUGAAGAACAAUGAGAUCUCUGUGAUCCAGAAUGGAGGCAUCACCCAGCUGCCCGUCAGCCUCGGCGGCACUGGAAUCACUUCAUUGGGUACCAUGCCGGGAGGAAUGGACCGUGUUCACACCGGCAGUAGCCCUCCCAUGACGGGUAUGGACAAGGCUGCUCUGGAUGUCGGGGCCAGCCGCCCCUUCUCCAGAUUUAUGGAGGAGAACAAAGAGAUUGGGAUCAAUUAAAAAGACUUUUCUGUAUUAUUCCAAGGUAGGCGUUUGGCAAAGACUAAGAGUCUCACAACAAGGAAAGAAACUGCUGAUCCAGUCUGAACUCAUGCGUACUAUAUUAUGUACAGAUUAAAUAUUUUUUGUUUGGUUUUGGAAACAUAGUAUUUAGUAUUGAUUAGAGGUCUUUGCCUUCCACCCAUUCCCUCCUCACUUGAUAUUUCGCCUAUACGAAGAAUACUUUGUCUCUUGUUUGAGAAUAUGUCGUCUUGCAAGAUUUGCAUGGUACUUAUUGGUUUUUAUCAGUAUGUUUGACUGCUUUUAUGAAUUCCUUUGAAAACCAGGAUCCUGCCUCAUUUACGAUGGGCAAGCAUCUUAUCUGGACAGGACUGAAACAGAAAAGAACAGAGACUUGUUUGGCCUUUGUCUGGCAACCUUGUUUAUGAGUGCUCUUUUAAAUAUAAGGGGGCAUGGAUAGACUGAAGAAAAGACUGAAGUAUCGUGUUUCUGUGCUCGCCUGAUUUUUUUUUUU